UUGUAAUGGAGUAUACAUUGCAGUAUAUAUUGCUGUAUAAUUGAUUUACAUAAAUGAAUCUUGUUUUGCUCCGUGGAAUAUGGGGCUAUAUAAAGUAUACAAUUAUACUUUAAGCGGUAGUAUACAAGUAAUCUGCGUUAAGCCGAAUAUAAGAGCUACAAACUUACUUAAACAAAACUGUUGUAUAACAUUUUCUUUCUCAUUUUUUUAAAGGAACAAUGGACACUGAAACGCUCGCGCGGUCGUUUUCUGUGCCGGAUUUUGUUGUUUUUGGACUUCUUAUAUUUAUUUCUGUUGCAAUAGGAGUGUUUUUCGCAUUACGGGAUAAAAAACAUAACACGACGGAAAAUUAUUUCCUUGGGGAUAGGAAACUGAGUUCGCUGCCAGUGGGAUUGUCUUUUGUUGUGUCGUUUCAGUCGUCCAUCUUAAUUUUGGGAUUUCCGGCGGAAGCAUACGCCUACGGUCUCCAGUAUGCCAUGCAAUGUGUUGGUGUCAUUUGUGGCUAUCUACUUGCUGCGCUUAUUGUUGUACCAAUAUUCCACCCUCUGAAAGUCACCAGUGUUUACGAGUACUAUUUUCUACGUUACAAAACUAAUUCUGUACGUUACGUUGCCGUUACGUUAGGCGUUAUCCAUUAUACGUUCUACAUGGGAAUAGUUAUGUAUGGUACAGCGUUGGCCUUGGAAUCAGUCGCCAAACUUCCAAUGUGGUCAUCAAUUCUUAUUUUCUCGACGUCUUCCAUCAUCUACACGUCCAUUGGAGGAUUCAAGGCCGUCAUAUGGACUGACGUCUUUCAAUCCCUCGUCAUGCUUGUAGGCAUACUUGCAGUUCUUAUAAAAACUACAACAAGCGCUGGAGGCAUGUCGAACGUGCUCAUAUUCAGCAAGGCUCGCCUGAACUUCUUCAACUUUGACCCAGAUCCAACAUUACGUCAUACGUUCUGGACGCUUGUGAUUGGUGCCCCUUCUCAGUUUCUCCAUUUAGCUAUUACUCAAGCCGGCAUACAGAGAAUCAACUCAACUCCGAGUAUCGGAACUGCACGGAAAAUAUUCUACAUCGCAGCACCUAUAUAUUCACUUACAUGGAUCUUAGUUAUGAUUCAGGGUCUCGGGAUAUUUGCAUAUUUUUCAAAUAAAGGUUGUGAUCCUCUUGCAUCUGGUCAAGUAGAAAACUUGAAUCAAAUCAUUCCAUUCACAAUCCUUGAGUUGUUUCAUGAUUAUCCAGGUUUACCAGGUCUAUUUAUAGCCGCUUUAGCAGCAGCUUCGCUCAGCACAAUUUCUUCAGGUUUAAGUAGUCUUUCCGCGGUAACGUACGAAGAUUUCAUCAAAGUUUUUCUGAAAGGUAUAUCAGACGAAAAGGGGGCUAAUAUAUCUAAGGCGGUUGUUGUUAUUUAUGGCCUUAUAUCGGUCGGAUUUGCAUUUUUACUUUCAAACGUAGAAGGUCCAUUAGGACAAAUAAUGGCCAGUUUCAUGGGGGCCAUAACAGGCCCAGAAUUAGGACUUUUCCUAACUUCAGUAUUCUUUCGAAGAGCUCGAGCAAAGGCAGUAAAUGUGAGUACAUUCAUUGGAAUCUGCCUUGUUCUUUGGAUGAUAAUAGGUCAGAAUUUUUCAGCGUCCAUCCCAAAAACGCCUUAUCUCCCUCUUGGGCCUACAGACCAAUGUCCUAUUUCAGAAACGUACAAUAUUUCAAACGUUUUUGAUUAUUUGAAUCAGACAUUUGUAAAUAUUAGUACAACUAUCUCAAACGUUACGCCUUCUCUGAAUCAGACGGCCUCAACCGCCCACACCGCCCGCACCGGACUCGAAACAUUUUACUCCAUUUCUUACAUGUACUUUCAUUUGAUUGGCUGUAUUUUGGUGAUAUUUUUGAGCGUGAUUAUUAGUCUUUUCACCCAGCCUGAAUUUCCCGAACCAGUCAGUGAUAAAACGGUACUUCCUUUUUCCAUUUUUGUACCUCCAUGUUUGAAAAGCAAUUACGACCUAGAUUCUGAUUCAUCGGAUAUACAAGAACGUGAAAGUAUGAUCCAAAUGAAACAUGCUGGAGGGCAUAGUAACAAAAAUGUAUAAAAUUGUUAUAUAAGUAUGUCUGAGAAUAUAUAAACUGUUUUGUACACACUCUUUAUUUCCAUUAGAUAUAUUUUCAUAGAUAUGGGAUAUUAAUACUUGUCCAUGUAUGAUUGUAUUAGUAAACAUACAUAUAAUUAAUAUUUGUUGUCCAUUUGGUCAACACUACCAAAUAAUAUUAAUAAUAAAAGAUA